AUGAAAUCCAACACACCCGGUCUAGACUCAAUAUCCUUCCAAAUUAUACGUAAUCUCAAAGACGAACAUCUACAACUUAUUGCUGACCAAUUUGAAAACUGCAUUCAACAAGGUAAUAUCCCUGAAGAAUGGAAAUCUGGUUGGGUUAAAUUACUCCCUAAAAGAGACAUUCAAAAACUAAAUGAUAUUAGACCCAUAACCAUUCUCCCAAUAUAUUACAGAAUACUUUUCAACAUAAUUGCAUACGAAUUAAGACAAUGGGCUUCCAAACACAUCAACUUAAGGCAACAAGCAUUUAUUUCACACAGAAACACAAUGAAUCACGGAUUAUUACUUUCAUCUCUAGCCAAAAAGAACAAGUCGUCAUUCCUUUUGGUAAACUUAGACAUCGAAGGCGCCUAUGAUUCCGUUGAAGAUCAUAUCAUUGAAAAAGCUCUCACUCAUUGUAAGUUUCCAGAUGAGUUGAAAACUUUUAUACUAAACUCAUACAAGAGUCAAAUAUUACAGCUAGAAAUUGAUCACCAUCUCUCUAGACCAUUCACAAAAACAAGAGGAAUACCACAAGGAUGCCCUUUAGCUCCUCUUAUAUAUGAUUGUAUUACUCAACUCAUCAUUGACAAAUGCAUACAACAAUGGAAAAUUUCAAUCAAACCAACCAAGCUUAAUAUUAACGAUAUUGGUUUGCUCUGCUUUGCUGAUGACAUUAAUUUAGUUUCAAACAGAUACUGCAAUUAUAACGAAAGACUUGAUAAUAUCUCUAAAUGGCUCGGCCAAUUAAGUCUAAAAAUUAAUCCUUCAAAAUCCAUGGCAACCACUCUCCCAACUAAAAGCAAAAUGAAGCCAAUGAUAGACGGUACUAUUAUACCAAGAUUCAAAAACCUUCGAGUACUUGGACACUAUCCUUGGGAUGACUCUACUUUAAAUGAAGAUAUUGAAAAAAGAAUCCUCCAAUUUCAACUCUCACUCAAAUAUAUUCCACUGAAAAGAAUGGAGAUAACAAACAUUAAGAAAGUAAUUUUUGCCAAAUGCACUAGCUUAUUUACACACAUUUUACGAACAAAUUACAUUCCUGAAUCACUUGUUGAUAGAAUUAACAUUGAAGUAAGAAAAGCAAUAAGAAAGAAAAUUUUCAUGCAUAAUGCUAGUCCAACAAACUAUUUUCACCUCCCAAUCACCUAUGGCGGACUUGGUAUUCCAAGAUUCGAUAUCUUUGCAGAUGAAAUUCGAAUCAAAACAGCCCUGUAUCUUAUUAACAAUGAUAAUGAACUUCUUAGAGAAGUAUAUUCAGAAGGAAUCAAACACGAAAAUUCGAUUUUUAAGGAAAUGAACAGAUCAAUGAAGAAAUACAAGAUCAGACCUCAACAAUUUAACAAUGACGAAAUCUUUCCAAAACUCAAAGGAAAGAAUUUUACUAUUUACACUGACGGAUCAAAUCUCAACAACUCAACAGGUUUCGGCUUUACCGCCAAAGUUAACAAUUCCCAAGAAACCCAAGAUUUCUCAUACAAAAUUAACAGCGAAUACUCACAUAACGUUGCUGAAUUAUCAGCAAUACUCACAUCACUAAAGAUACUUCCACCUAAAUCUAAGGCAAAAAUUCACACAGAUAGUGAAAUAUCCAUCCACGUUUUGAAAAACAAAGCCUAUAACGGAAUUUUUAACUGCUUCAAGCAUGAAUAUCAACAGGUCAUUCAACAAUCCAAUCUAAAUAUUCAACUAAUCAAAGUUAAAGGUCAUGUCAACAAAGGAAACAUCAAAGCUGACGAAUUAGCUAAGAAAGGAGCUCAAGAGCACAACUAUUUUGACAUUAAGAAGCUAUUUUCGAACCAAACCAUCCUUGCCACAUCUAAUACCAUUAUUUUCGACAUCAAAAAAUCCAUACAAAAGAAAAAGAUAUGA